AUGUCUAUAGGCUGCGCUCCGACCGUCCACCAGGCGGCGCUGUUAUCUGUCAGGGAGGAGGAAGUGACGUAGUGUGACCUUCUCGUGCACAGCAGCAUGGCCGCCCCCCGACUGACCGGGAUCCUGAGGGCUGUGAUUCCUGGCGGCUUCGUCCUCCCCUCGCGGAUCUUCUCCUCCGUUGGUGCAGGAAUCAGGUCAUAUGGAAGCGCCCCGACCCCCGCCGCAGCCGAGACCCCGGAGACCAAUGUGAAGGACUUCUCGGACUGGCUCAUCUCCGAGCCCCUGAAACACCCGGAUUUCUUUAACGUGAAGGAGCUGCUGUCGGUGCGGACGCUGUACGACGCUCGCGUGCACCUGGGACACAAGAAGGGAUGUCGCCACAGGCUGAUGGAGUCGUAUAUCUUCGGCUGCCGCUUGGAUCAGGACAUCAUUGAUCUGAACCAGACGAUGGAGCACCUGCAGCUGGCGCUCAACUUCACCGCCCAUGUCGCUUACCGCAACGGAAUUAUCUUAUUUGUUUGCCGCAAUCGCCAGUUUGGUCACAUGGUAGAGACUCUGGCGGAGGAAUGUGGAGAGUACGCGCACACACGGUUCUGGAGGGGCGGCCUCCUGACCAACGCCGACAUCCAGUACGGCCGCAGCGUCCGCCUCCCGGACCUCAUCAUCUUCCUGGGGACCCUCAAUACGGUAUUCGAGCAGCACGUCGCCAUCCGGGACGCCGCCAAGAUAAACAUCCCGACGGUGGGUAUAGUGGACACCAACUGCAACCCGAGCCUCAUCAGCUACCCCGUCCCUGGCAACGACGACAGCCCCGCCGCCAUAGAACUGUAUGGACAGCUCUUCAAGAUGACCAUCACCCGCGCCAAAGCCAAGAGGAGGCAGAUGGAGAUUCUGUACGGACUGAGAAACAAGAUGGAGGAUUCAUAACCCCGCCCCCUCACCCCCCCCCGGAGACCCCAACACUGUACAUUGUUAUA